GAGUUCACGCCAUUGUACUCCAGCCUGGGUGACAGAGCAAGACCCUGUCUCAAUCAAUCAAUCAAUCAAUCAAUCAAUAAAAUAAACUUCUUUAUGUGGACUCCAAGUUUUAGACAGAGCCUUACUCCUUUAACCAAGCACAAAUUAAAGAAUCUCUGAACUCAUCCAUAACCUAUAAGCCCCCAGCUUCAAGAUAUCCCAGCUUUUUGAGCUGAACCAAUGUAUGCCUUCCAUGUAUUGAUUUAUAUUUUUGACUGCACUUCCUGGCUCCCUAAAAUAUAUAAAACCAAACUGUAAUCUGACUGCCUUGGGACCACUUUCUCAAGGCUUCUCGAGUUUGUUUUCCCUGGGCCUCAGUUGCUCAUAUUGCUUCAGAGUAAACCUCUGUAAAAUGUUUUACAGAGUUUGGUUUUUCUAGUAACAAAGCAAAAGAGAUAGGCCUUGACAUCAAGUUUGAUUUUAGUGGUAAAGUAUUAGAAAUGAUUCAGAGGUCUCUGGCUUGUACAGUUGGGUGCAUGGUGGUAUCAGUCACAAAUAAAGUGAAAAUUGGAAGAAAAGCAGUUGUGAAGGAAGACUACAGUUUUUAUUAAACAAGCACCCUUGAGACACCAAAGAAGACGCAUGUAGGCGCCAGUUAGGGUAGGAGGCCUUCGGAGCCUUAUCUGUUGGAUCUAGUGUGGAUUGGGUAGAAAUGUGCUGAGCUGCAGUUUAAUUGGCAGGGGAGAGAGAAGGGCAGGGAAUACCAAGUCGGAUUCUCCUGCUCUGUCCCCAGGAGAGGCAGGUAAACUGCUUUCAUUGCUGGUCCGCACUAAUAAGGCAGGAAGGAAUCUCUUUGGGUGAAGGGGAGUUUCAGAGACUUCCUUUAAAUACUCUGCUUAGAACCCUCAAGGUAUUUGCCAUUCUUGGGGAACCCUGAGUCAGGGCAAAUUAAAACAAAGUUCUUCUGAUUCCUACUGCUCCUCCAGUUCCUGCCCUUCCCCAUCACUAACUGCCAACAACUGUACAAUGUACACAGAUUGUAUUUAUGUAGAUGUGGCCUCAGGAAAUCAAAAGGUCCUAGAAUGCAGGUAAUUUAAAGUCUUACCAAAUAAUCUUCUGUCCAGUUUUUCCACAUGGAUUCUAUAAUCUAUUCAAGGAGGUGGGGGAAGAGCAUUCUUUUCUUUAUUUUUGUACCUCAUUAGUAAGUCCUAACCAUACUCUUCCUUAGAUCCCUUUUCCAACUCAGUCUUGUUCUCACAUUUUUAGAAAGGACAACGGGAUCUUUAAAUUCUCUCGGUUUGUGUUUGGAAAGGACCCAAAUUAGUGUGCUUCCUCAUUGACAGUCAGAAUAGCCUUCAAGCAGUAUAUCUAGGGAAGGCAUUUACACCUCCUCCCCCUCCUCUUUUUCAGUUUGGCAUACUCUAGCCUGCAUUUUGCUCUCCCUGUAACGAUGAGAGAAAAUAACACACACUAUUCACUCUCCUUUGUCUGCAAGUCUGGCAUUUCAGUGGUUUUCUUUAAGGGGGUCCUCAUUUGUGACCAGCUUUGCCAUUAACGGAAAUCAAUCUGAAUGCCCCAUUGUGCAUCUUCUUUCUUUCCUUGCAGUCUGAGAUUGCCUUUGCCAAGUUUUUUCUCACUGAACUUGAAAGACCUUCUCUCAUUUUCCCGUUCCCUGCCUCCAGCCCCAUUGAAUCCCUGCAGAGCUUUCUCGGGCAUAAGGGCUGUAGUGUGACGAUUGGGAGGAACUCGACCUACUCUGCUAACCCAGUGGCCUGAGCCAAUCACAAAGAGGAUUGGAGCUUCACUGGAGCGCUCCUUCCCUUCUCCUCCCUCUGUGACAGCCUCUUGGAAAGAGGGACACUGGAGGGGUGUGUUUGCAAUUUAAAUCAUUGGAUUUUUGCCCACCUUCUUUCCAAAUAAGAAGGCAGGAGCUGCUUGCUGAUGUGUAAAGGGUCUUCUGAGCGGCAGUGGCAAUUAGACCAGAAGAUCCUCGCUCCUGUCUCUAAAGAGGGGAACGGGCAAGGAUGGUGGAGGCUUUCUGUGCUACCUGGAAGCUGACCGACAGUCAGAACUUUGAUGAGUACAUGAAGGCUCUAGGUGUGGGCUUUGCCACUAGGCAGGUGGGAAAUGUGACCAAACCAACAGUAAUUAUCAGUCAGGAAGGAGAUAAAGUGGUCAUCAGGACUCUCAGCACAUUCAAGAACACGGAGAUUAGUUUCCACCUGGGAGAAGAGUUUGAUGAAACCACUGCAGAUGAUAGAAACUGUAAGUCUGUUGUUAGCCUGGAUGGAGACAAACUUGUUCAUGUACAGAAAUGGGAUGGCAAAGAAACAAAUUUUGUAAGAGAAAUUAAGGAUGGCAAAAUGGUUAUGACCCUUACUUUUGGUGAUGUGGUUGCUGUUCGCCACUAUGAGAAGGCAUAAAAAAGUUCCUGGUUUGGGCUUGGAAGAGCUCUUCAGUUUUUCUCUUUCCUCAAGUCUCAGUGCUAUCCUAUUACAGCACGGCUAAUCAUUAAUUAGAAGGUUAUCCUUGGUGUGGAAGUGGAAAAUCGUGAUUUAAAAGCUUGUUACUCCAAGCAACUAGCCCAAUUUUAAUCUGAAAAUUUAUUAUGUUUUAUAAUUUGAAUUAAAGUUUUGCCCCUCCCCUUUUUUUAUAAACAACUGAAUAUAUUUUAUAAUUUCUUUUGGAAUGUAAAUCAAAUUUGAAUAAAAAUCUUACACGUGAAA